ACCUAAAAAGCCGACCUUGGUUCUGUUGCUUUAUAUCCACUCUGCCGCUGCGCAUAACGGGACGUGAGCAUCCAGAGAUUCUGGCACCCGCAGGGGAUCCUAGGCCCAAACCCAGCGGAUGCCAGCGUUAGAGAGGAGCCAUGCUCUGCCAUGGAGAGAAGGUUGCUGCGAUCCGUCUCCUCCUACGCAACGCAUUGCGGACCUUUGCUUCACAGACGGAUGGAGAAGUCAGAGUGGCGCAGAUCCUGAAAGAGAAGUUUCCUCAGGCCGCUGCUAUCAAAGUCGUCGAUAUAUCAGGUGGCUGUGGAGCAAUGUAUGAAAUUCAUAUAGAGUCUGAAGAGUUUAAGGAAAAGAGAACAGUGCAGCAACAUCAAAUGGUCAAUGAGGCCCUAAGUGAGGAAAUUAAAGCAAUGCAUGGACUACGGAUAUUCACUUCAGUCCCCAAGCGUUCAAGCUAGGAUUGGCUGGCGACAGGUUGGAUUUGUGGAUUUCGGGAUUUGUUGGGGCAUUGAGGAGAGGCCUUUGGGUGCGUAAUAAAGCCAGAAUAUCUUGAAAGCUGCCAUGCUUCUCUUGCCUUGCGCCCCAGUCGCAAAGCACAUUAAACCACGCAGCAAGGACUCCUAGGACCAGCUUCGAUGUGGUAUUUAUUUCAGAUUUUAAAACUGGCUGUCUUCACUAUAUUUGUUAAUUAUUUUCUUCCAAGAAUGAUGGUAUUGAUAGCAGGAACUCCUUUCUGUAACUGAUCCUAAAACCAGGAAGAACAGGAGGGGGGAACAUUGUACGAGGUCCUCAUGGGCUUUUCCUGCUGUUUUUAAGAUUCAGAAGUGAGUUAUGGCACACAUUAACAUUAUGGAUGAAACGCAACACAUAUUUCUGUUGCUUUUGUUGCUAAGCUUUUAUGAUAAUUGGGAUCACAAAGGGAAUUAAUUGUAGAUCAACAGAUACAGAAGUUACUAAGAGAAAGUACAGCUCACGAGUGCCUUUCUUGUCAUAAAGUGGUUUUGAACCAGC